GGCGGGGCGUGAGCCGCAGCGCGCCUAGCUGGGGCCUCGGCCGGGACGGUGGCUGUGGGGUCUAGACCGCCCGGCGGUUGAGCGGCGGCGGCUGAAGGUCCAGGGGAGUGGCUGGUCUGAGGCAUGAGCACCCAGCUGCGCAGCUGUGUUCAGGAGCGCCGUGGGGGCCUGGAGUGGACGUCCACACAUGGUUUGGCCCUGCAGUGACUGGAGCAGCCCGGGCCGCCGCCACCAUGAUGAAGUUGCUGGUGGCCAAAAUCCUGUGCAUGGUGGGCGUAUUCUUCUUCAUGCUGCUUGGCUCCCUGCUGCCCGUGAAGAUCAUCGAGACUGAUUUUGAGAAGGCCCACCGCUCCAAGAAGGUUCUCUCACUCUGCAACACCUUCGGGGGUGGAGUCUUUCUGGCCACGUGCUUCAAUGCUUUACUGCCAGCUGUGAGGGAAAAGCUGCAGAAAGUCCUGAGCCUCGGACACAUCAGCACUGACUAUCCGCUGGCGGAGACCAUUAUGAUGCUGGGCUUCUUCAUGACCGUGUUCCUGGAGCAGCUCGUCCUGACCUUCCGCAAGGAGAAGCCAUCCUUCAUCGACCUGGAGACCUUCAACGCCGGCUCUGAUGCUGGCAGCGACUCAGAGUACGAGAGCCCCUUCAUGGGGGGCGGCCGGGGCCACGGGCUCUACGUGGAGCCCCACCCCCACAGCCACCACGGGCUGAGCGUCCAGGAGCUGUCGCGCUCCAGUCCCUUGCGGCUGCUCAGCCUGGUCUUCGCCCUGUCAGCCCACUCUAUUUUUGAGGGCCUGGCCCUGGGCCUGCAGGAGGAAGGUGAGAAGGUGGUGAGCUUGUUCGUGGGGGUAGCCAUCCACGAGACACUGGUGGCAGUGGCCCUGGGCAUCAGCAUGGCCAGGAGUGCAAUGCCGCUGAGGGACGCGGCCAAGCUGGCCAUCACCGUGAGCGCCAUGAUCCCUCUGGGCAUCGGCAUCGGCCUGGGCAUCGAGAGCGCGCAGGGUGUGCCCAGCAGUGUGGCCUCUGUGCUCCUGCAGGGCCUGGCAGGGGGCACCUUCCUUUUCGUCACCUUCUUCGAGAUCCUAGCAAAGGAGCUGGAGGAGAAGAGUGACCGGCUGCUCAAAGUCCUCUUCCUGGUGCUGGGUUACGCCAUUCUGGCCGCCAUGGUCUUCCUUAAGUGGUGACUAGCCUGUCGCCAGUGUGGUUACCCCAGCCCGCCCGACCAGACCCCGCCGGGAACCCCUGGCCAGACCCAGGCCACGCCCCCAGCUCUGUCCCCCUCGGGGGGAGAGCUCAGGCCCCAGGCUGCCGCCCACACACAGAGGACCCCACAGAGGUCCCCCUCGGGAUCAGUUGCCCCAGAACCUACACCCAAGCCUUGGAGCACUGCUACUACUUUUAAAAAUACUUCUCUUAAAAGUAUUCACCAAAGCUGUGUGGCCAUGUCAACUUGGGCAGUGGGGUCUGGCAUCUCCUUCUGAGGUAUCACUGGGCAUUCAGGUGAGGCUGGGGGUGUGAGACACGCCCCCCGUGUCCCCCCACACACACACCUCCUGCAUGCACGAGGACAGGAGUGUGCCCAGCUCCUGGCCUCUGAACCUGUUAGGGUGCAGAUCUCUGCCCUUGGCUGACUGCUCACAGAGGCCACUAGCACCGAGCUGCUUCUGUCCCCAGAGAACGGCUCCCAGCCCUGCCCCCACGCCUGUGCCUCCUGGACGCCACAGGACCCUCUCUCUGUCCCUGCCACCUGUCGUGGGCCCUUGGGGUGGGGAGGCUUUUCUCCAGGGGCUGGGUCCUCUGGGCCAGGGUGGCUGUCUUGAUUCCCGAAGGAACAGACACGAGGGCCGAGGACACUCGGGCAGGGUCG